CCAGGUGCAGGUUAGAGAGGGAAUAUUGGGAGGUCUCGUGACCUUGGAGGGCAGAGACUGGGAGUUAUGGGGGCAAGGGGGUUCAUGAUGGGCGCCAUCAGGAGAUGCUGGAGGGGCCUAUUGAAAUCUGGAAGGAGGUAUUGAUUCCUAACAUGAGGUGAGGGAGUCCUUGUCUUGCUCAGAAGGACCUUAUGAUGGGGGACGGGGGCGUGUUGGACGAGGAGGGAUUCUAGUCAGGAUCAUGAGAUGGCACAGCUGGGUUGCGGAUUCCUGGUUGCCAUUGGGAGUAAGGGGCAGUCUAAUGGAGGGGCGUCUAAGUCCCGAUCAUAAGGACCUGGGCACUACUCGGAGCCAGGACCGUCGUGAUUGUGGUCCUUUGCUAUGGGCAGCUGGGGUAAUGUAGGCGUCUAUGACGUGCUUAAGACGGGGUUGUAGUCCAUGAAAUGAGUAGUUCCGAAAGGUCGUGACGUAGGGCAAUAAGGACCCGGCGACUUACGUCACGAGCCGGCAGAAGCAAUCCUGCAACUGAGUACCAAAUCCAACUCAGACGCGGAACCACUCACGCUUUGCGCAGGCGCAGCACAGGCCGACCCAGGCGCUACCGUUGGGGGCAGGCCUGGAGGGGUGGGGCUUAAAAGCCUCACUCUGCGCUUGCGCCUAAGGGGCGUGGCGGUCGCACCUGCGCGAGUUGGGGGAAGGAGGAGGGGCGAGGUGACGCAGGCGUAAUAAUAGAGAAGGUGCCAGAAAGAUCCAAAACAAGUGGCUGCGGCCGUCGCCCAGGAGUCAUUAGACGCCGGAUUCCGUGGGUUCUAGGCCCUGGUUCGAGCUUGUUCCGCCCCUCUCCCCCGGGUAUGGCGCUGUCCGGGUCGACCCCUGCCCCGAGCUGGGAGGAGGAUGAGUGCCUGGACUACUACGGGAUGCUGUCGCUUCACCGUAUGUUCGAGGUCGUGGGCGGGCAGCUGACCGAGUGUGAACUGGAGCUGCUGGCUUUCCUGCUGGACGAGGUUCCCGGCGCCGCCGGCGGCCUGUCCCGCGCCCGUAGCGGCCUGGAGCUGCUGCUGGAGCUGGAGCGUCGCGGGCAGUGCGACGAGAGCAACCUGCGUUUUCUAGGGCAGCUCCUGCGAGUGUUGGCCCGGCACGACUUGCUGCCGCACCUCGCGCGCAAGCGGCGCCGGCCAGUGUCUCCAGAACGCUACAACUAUGGCAACUGCAGCUCUUCUUCAAAGAGGACAGAGGGCAGCUGCCGUCGCCGUCGGCAGCCAAGCAGUUCUUCAGAUGCUCAGCAGGGCCAGUGGGAGACAGGCUCCCCUCCGACCAAGCGGCAGCGGCGGAGUCGGGGCCGGCCCAGUGGUGGUGCCAGACGGCGGCGGAGAGGAGGCCCAGUCGCCCCCCAGCAACAGCAGGAGCCUACCAGACCUGCCUCAGAAGGCAAAGUGACCUGUGACAUUCGGCUCAGGGUGCGAGCAGAGUACUGUGAACAUGGGCCGGCCUUGGAGCAGGGAGUGGCGUCCCGGCGGCCCCAGGCGCUGGCGCGGCAACUGGACGUGUUUGGGCAGGCCACUGCAGUGCUGCGCUCCCGAGACCUGGGCUCUGUGGUAUGCGACAUCAAGUUCUCGGAGCUCUCCUAUCUGGACGCCUUCUGGGGUGACUACCUGAGUGGUGCCCUGCUACAGGCCCUGCGGGGCGUUUUCCUAACUGAGGCCCUGCGUGAGGCCGUGGGCCGGGAGGCUGUCCGCCUGCUGGUCAGUGUGGACGAGGCCGACUACGAGGCUGGCCGGCGCCGCUUGUUGCUGAUGGAGGAGGAGGGGGGACGGCGCCCACCUGAGGCCUCCUGAUCCUGGAUCUGGCAGGACUGACCCCACCUCCUAGCCUCCGGGCCACCUUUUCCCCUGGAGGACGAAGACCAUCUCUGCCACUAGGGGACCAUCACUCCCGCAGCUCUGAGGACUGCGACAGACUGACAGAUGGCCAGGCCCCCUGAUAGUCUGGCGCCUUGACAGCUCUUCCGACAGGAUGUGGGCUCUGAGGCGUAAACCACUUCCAGCUGAGUUUCUUUUCCAACCUCACUCCAUCCCCACCCCCAGGUGUGUUCCUUCAGCUUCAGGAGGCCAGGGGCUCGGGCAUGCAGAUCCCAAAGGGAAGGAGACACAGCCACACAUUCACCAAAGGCCCCCUGCACAUCGUGUCCCCGACCCUGGGCUGUGUGCACACACUGCCCCCAUGGAGAUCUCCCCUGGUUCCUGUGCUUGCCUGCUCCAUACACUUCUUCGGCCUAAGGGCUUCUCUCUCAGGAUCUCCGAUUUUCCCGCACCCACCCCUGGGCUUCAGCCACACUGGGCACUAGAGCUAGGGCUUCAGCCACACUGGGCACUAGAGCUAGGGCGCACCUGCUCACCUUGUCCACACAACUCUACAGCCAGCCAGGGCUCUGCCCAGCUUCCACACACAGACCUGGCCUACCUUCUCCUUCUCCCCAGAGUGGACAUGGACUUGCACAAGGACCGGCACCCAGAGUGUCACGUGUGGCAGCAGCAUCAGACCAAGUGUGUUAUUCCCCGUGGGGUCAGGACCAGAAGCCAGCUGCAUUCGCAGAAAGAGAAAGCAAAGGCUUGGGGGCUGAUGGGAAAGGUCUUUUACAAAUGGCACCAAUAAAACUGCCCUGGAAGGGGCAUAGGUGGGCAUCGAGGCUCCCUAGGACUCUUUCUUCAUGGGCUGGAGGAAGGAGCUGAUGAGAGCCUGGGUCUGGUACCAAUCCUGAAGUUCAUGGCUCAGUAUCGUAUCAGACCGGAGGGUGGGCAGGAUGCUAGGUUAUCGACCAGCUGCUACCACAGGCUGGCCCGCCUCGCUGGGCCUCAGUUUCCUCAUCUGUGAGAGGAAGUACUGCCUUGGAGUCAUAAACACUCCCAGCAUGUUCGCACAUGCUUUGUUCCUUGGAAGUGCUUGUAUUUUUAACUAGUUCAGUGAGGUGGGUCAGCUAUCUGCAAGGCUGACAGAGCCCAGAGGUUUGGAAACCAAAUCAGCAGCCAGGCGUCUCUGCCUGGAAUCCCUCCCCAGGUGGCUCCCCACCCCUCUCACCUUCUGGACAGUCACCUUCUCAAAUCUGGGUCUCUUUUCUAACUCUUCCUGAGGCCAAACACUUCCUACUGUCCUGUGGCUGCAGGAGGUUGUGGCUUCUGCUCUUUCCCCACCCCUUGUUUAUGGGCUUAGGAACUCAAAUUCUUACACAAUACCAGUGGUUUUCCUUCCUGAGGGGGAAGGGAGCCAGGGGUGGGGUAGGCAGGGCUUUCCAACUGCUGGCCUUUCCUGGGGGAAGGGAUGCACCUGCCCACCCCUGGGAACCGAACCUAUCCUGGCCCCUUGACCCGUGUUGAUGUAGAGGGAUAAAGGGGCAUGUCUAGGAGUUGAGUCCUGUCCAGGAGUCAAGACCUAGUCCAGCUAGUUGCUGUAUAACCCUAGACCCCCUGUACUAGGGAGGGAGCCAAGGUCUACUGGGUACCUACUCAAGAUCUAUUUAAUACUUAGCCCCUUGUGUAAAGUAGGGAUUUUAUCCCCAUUUUGGCAAGAAAUGGGCUCAGAGAGGGGUAGUGACUUGCCUGAGGGAUAAAGUAGCAGCACUGAGAUAAGAGAACAGCCCUCCUUUAGUAGACCAAGAUAGGUUGGGGAGGGAGACAGGAGCUUCUGCGCCCUUUCUCCUUCCGUUGAGUAGGCUUGAGCCAGAGUAGGCUUUCUUCUCACGGUCUACUGAGAUUUGGGGCACUCCUUUACUUGGGGCUUACUGUGCUAAGUGUCAGAGCUGCAGCUUGUCUGGCCUCCGCUGGGCUAAAUUCCAGGAUCCGCCUCUCCCUUAGGCCAUGGUGCCUGUCUCUUCACCUCUAGUGAGCCAUGGGCCCACUAUCCCCCAGUGGACAAGAUUCAGGCCCCGUUGGAUUUCGGUUCUACGCUACAAACUCCAGGGCCAGUCUUAGCCCCGCCCCAUUCUUUAGGUUCUCCACACACAGUCUCUGUCUGCCCUCUGCUGCAACCCGCCCCUUUCUUUAGGUUCCUACCGCUUUACCAUUUUAAGCGUGGGACCCACCUCUUAGGCUAGCACGUGCGUGCAGGAAGCUAGGGAGCCUAACCUGGAGGCCCCAAGAGCGCGCGCAGGUGCUGUGGUGGGCACUUUUAGGCUAAGUCUGGCACCUCCUGAGCCUCGCAGAGCACAUGAGUGCUGUGGAACCUGCCUGGGCUUGCGAAAUCCUGCACCUGGAGCAGGGGCUGACCAACAGACCCCUGAGGCCCAGAAGUGGGUCAGACCCAGGCCUUGAGGAUAACCCAGGAAGAUCAAAGAGCUUCAGGCGUUGGGACAGAUUCUGUGGGGUAAGGCCUGGGAUAGGCUGCAUCCAAGGGAAAUAGGGGCCUGUCGGAGCUCAGAGGAAGGGGGGCCGUGGUUUCCCAGAGGAGAGGAGCCUGCAGCUGGCUCUUGAAGGAUGAGUAAGAGUUAAAGAGAACCACAGAGGGGGGGCAUUCCGGGCAGAGAACAGAUCUCGUGAAAACUUUAGGGAACUGAGUGGGAUGUAGAGAGACAGAUGGACAGAGCCAAAGUGGUGGUGUAGUCAGCCACCCCUCCAUUCGGUCUGCAGUCAUCUGCUUCCUCAUGCUAGCAGAAAGGAACAGGCCCUGAGAAUUACAACAUGAGGCGGGUCCAGUGUGCCUGGGGCAUGGCAGCACAGGUUCCCCUGAGGCCCUCCAAGGGCCAGGCCUUGGACUGGCUUCUGCUGGGGACCCUGUCGAGGACUCUAGCCUGGGCGCUGGCUCUUGUUCUGGUGGAUGAGCCAGACUGGGACACCAUGGGUCACAGCCCAGAGUGGUCAGUGACUGGACAAGCAGCAGAGGCUGGAAGAACCCCAGGGACACUGGAUGGAGUGACCCAGGAAGGUUUCAUGGAUUGGGAAGCUCCCCAUUCAUGCUGUUAAAAAUUAACACUACCACCACUAUCACCACCGAGAUACAUUUAAAUUGUGAAAUAUAGCAUUCAGAUAAGUGCAUAAAACAAACAUACAAUGAAUAAGUUGACAAAUACCUGUGCCUCCCCCAUUAAGGAAUACAUUACCAGAAGCCCCCCACCCUGCAACCUUUCUGUCAUGCUCUCUCUCCUGAUCACAACCUCCCUCUUUCCCUAGGUGGGAACACUAUCCUGGCUUUGACAGAAGCAAUUCCUUGCUUUUAUGUCAUUCAGUGAUAUAGUUAAUUUUAUAUCGUUUUGCACUUGACAUAAAUGGAAUCAUACAAUA